AUGAACCAAUCACCCGACGAAGCCAAGGCGGCGAGGAUACAGAAGUACAAGGAGGAACGAAGGAAACAGCUAACAGCUAGAACAGCGACUUUGUUCUCUGCCAAUGUUACUGAAAGGCGUCCCAGAAAAGCAGUGCCUCGUACAUCCAUAGAAAAUGGUGCCGCUCAUCUAAAGUCUUCCUCCGAGUUGAAUUUAACUACCGCUACAACUUCAGUGCCCAUCAGGACCACUCGAACAUCACGUUUAAGAGCCGCCGCUAGCCAUUCAGACAGCAACUCUUCACCUAAAAAGGCUAACAGAAGUUCCUCCGUUCAGUCACUAUUAGAGGAUGAUAAAACCAAACCUAUCAAGGAUAAAACACGACCGUUAAGUCAUAGAAGACAAAGUCGCGAAAAAGAAAAUUUAAAGACUAUAUCACCCACUUCAUGUAAAGAAAUUGGUGCUAUUAGAACAAAACAUUCCAUUAAAAAUAGUAUAGAUAAAGACAAAAGCAAUUUAUUACUUAGUAGUUCUAAAAAGAAAAAUGUUGACGUAAAAAAUAAUUCUAAAUUAGAUACAACGAAGAAGAAAACCUUAGAGGCUGAAAACGUAGUACGGGUAGAAAACGAUGACAGUAAUGCCGACGAGGUUUUCAAUAUUAUACUUGGUGAUAAAAAUGUCUCAAACAGCUUAGAUAAGGAUCAAUUUGAAGAGUUAUACAGAGACCUCGUUGAGGAGUCGAAUGUUCACGCCGACGUAAACGAAAUUAUAUGUCAUAAAAAAUCCGAGCUCAAUUACUUUAAUAAUGAAAAUAACAUUCCUUUUGUAGACGAAGAAUAUAUAAAACAUAAACAAUUACAUGUUAGAGAUGGUGAUGUGCCAAAAGUGAAUGAAGUGGGGCUUUUAGGAGCUGUGUGUAUUCGUAAAGUGGAAAAAUUUAGUGAACUGUUUACUAGUUUAUGUGCUCCAUGUGAAGCUGAUGUUUUGUUUGAAGAUUUACUGGCUGAGGACGGAAGCUCUGACUCUCGAGUAAAGGCACCGGAAUGCACGCCUCCGUGUCGCCGUGCACAACUGCCUCGAGUUACGAGCACGCCGAAACGUGCGCAGGAUUCGCCCCUUGUCGCGAAUGGAGAUGGAAUCGCCACAAACACAAAAAGCCGCCGAUCCACAGAAGUACCCAUCUCCAAGACCGAGUCUUCCAAAUCUUCGGUUAGAAAGAAUUUAAUAGCCGGGGUUCAAACAUUAACAAAUAAAUUGCCGUGUGCCACUACCCCUUUAAAAAGUCCAGAAAGAAGACGUAGUUCUGAAAGUGGAAAUAAGCCUAGCUUUAUACCGCUUUCUAAAACCAAUCGUAAAUCGCCAAGUAAGAAUAGUAACGAACCAGUAGCGAAAAUCGAAAAUGUCCAAACUAAAUCCAGAAACGACCGAUUGAAAAUUAAAUCCCUUCGAAAGAGUCCUGAAAAAGCAAAAAGUGAUUCUGAAACAAAUCGUAACGAUAAAACGCAUCGAGCUCAAAGGAGUUAUGAAAGUUCUAGUGAAAAUAAUCAUAAUUCGAAGAAAAGACUGACUAGAUUAGGUAAAUCUACCGACGGCAAAAAUAUGUCUACUCUCCAUGAAACUGUGAGACCACAUACAGGUUCGAGACUUUCGCAAGAAAUGGAUAAUCUAGCUGCAUUGACUAAACAAACUUUAGAUAGAGUGAAUAAAUUGUCAAAUAACUUAAAAAGUAAUAAAUUAAAUGAACCAAACUCAGAUAAUUUAGCUUCAAAGGUGGAAACGCAAAGGGAUAACAAUAAUCAUGCCUAUAAUUUUGGCCUUUUACAAGAAAAACCAAUUGCAAAUAGAGGCGUCACUGAAAGAUUACAGGAUAUAGACGCCGCCGCUGAGAGACUUAUCGAUUUUGAGAAGCAAAGUGCAAUGUUUUCUGAUCUCAGCAACGAUUCGUCUAGUCAGCAUCGCCGCUUAGAUAAUUUAUCGUCGUCUCAUCACACACCUGUAUCAAUAUUAAAACGGAAGUCUAUUCACGAAGAUACCACGACUACUAGUACUCCUAAUAAUUCUAUUGCUUCACCUCCUGUCACUUUCUCACCUAGCGUUGUAGAGCCACGUAGUUGUCGAUCUGAAAGUAGACAACGACAGGGGAUCCUUAAAAAACGUCGCAGUUUAGACGAGUCUCAAGUUGCACGACGUCGCUCUUGUAGCCCUGAAGUGUCGUUUGCUGAUGAUGGGUCGUCUGAUACAUGUAAGCCAAUUUUAAAGAAUCGGCGUUCUUCUCUCGAGGAUGUUGUACGUAACCGGUCGCCGGAUGGCCAGAUCCAUGGAAUUUUAAAACGGAAAAUGAGUAGAGAAGACGAGCAUGUCAACGAUGACGUUUCGCACGGGUCUCCAGAACCUCACGGAAUUUUAAAAAGAAAGUCGAAUUCAAGUUCUAGUAGUAGCACUACUUCCUCUCACGUUUCGAUCGCUCAAGCCGUGCUGCUGGCAGCCGCUGGCGGUGCUGAACUCGUCGAACGCGAAGAAGAUAAAGAUGCUGUACGUCCUAUACUAAAGAAGAAAAGUUUUUCCGAAGAGAGGCCUUCUAUCGAUGUAUUACCUCUAGACACUCCGAAGCCGAUUUUGAAGAAGAAAUCCAUAGAACACGACGAUCACGAUUUCGAACUUCCAAAGAAGCCGAUUUUGAAGUCUUAUAAGAAACUGUCUGGCGACGAAGGGCACACUUCCAGUUUCGACUUGAGCGAAGACGAUAGGAGCUCACGAAGGCCAUCACUUCUCAGAUCUCGUACGUCCGAUCAGUCAGGCUCGGAGUGUGAAGCGGCUGUUAGGCCAAUAUUGAAGCAGAGAGGUUCGAGUCUCACUAGGGAGCGCAGCCAAUCCCCGCGCCCACGGCUGUCGUUCUGCGCUGACAACGACGCCAAUACUAGUGCGACUAAUUUCAGUAGCGAAUCGAACGACUUGCUAGCGGCUGGACCGCGUCGAGUUUUGAAUCUCUCGUCUUCACCGGACGAAAGUUAUCCUAGUGCGGUUAUACGUAGACGAAACUUAAGACCCAAAGCGAAUCCCCGGUCUAUGAGCCUCGUGAGUGAUGUGAACGAAGAAUUACUGUCCAUUUUAAAUAAUCGACGACGUCAAGUUGAUACAAGCGUUGAGAACGAUCCUUCGGGCUUAUGGGACAGUAACGAAACUCCAAACCGAAAUAACCCAAAACAAUUUCCUUCUAUUGCUUCAAGGAUUAAAGAUAUGGAACAGGCUCUUUCUAAGGACAAUUUUCUAAGAGACCGCUCUACUUCCAAAGUGAAGAAUAGGGACAAUGACCGCUACAAGACCCAACCGGUGACCAUCGAUGAGAUGCGAUCGAUAACAUCCAGUUUGGAGCCGGGCCAACAGAGUUUCCAAGCGUUCGGCUCCGCGGCCUGUAGUUUUCCGGCCAGUUCCGUCGAGUCCGGUGCUGCUUCCUUAGAGAGGGGGCCCAACGUGGGGGAAGCCGAACGGGAUCCAUAUAAGGCGAUAAAAUCUCCCCCCUACAAUAACUCUUUCAACUCGAAAUUUCCACCCAUCAAUGACUCGGAAACACCGAGUCCCAGGAACGACAGUUUUGGAGAAGCGUUGUUUUUAGAUUUCGAGAAAAUCGCGGAGGGUGUUCAAGGCAAACAGUCUACGCUGGAUGAAAUCGAACAGGAGGUCAACAAAGUUCGCGUGGCGUUGGAUGAAGACAGCCGGGCCUUGGAGGAAGAUGAGAGGAACCAGGGGGAGGCUGACAACUGGAGUUUAAACGUGUCUUGUGAUAGUGGUGUGUACAACCGUGCUUCGUCGAGGGAUUCGGGACCUCAUUCCGGCGAGGAAUUAGGCUUGAUCGAAAGUCAAGAGAUAAGCGAUAACCACGCAGCCAACAGCAGCCAGGAUUGGUCAUCCUCUUCCAUAGAGAACGGGCUAAUCAACAUGAAUCGCGAGAGGAAGUCUACGGAGAACGAAGCCUUGCGGAGCCCUGAUGAAGCGAGGAGCGAUGAUGAAAACGAAAACCAGUCGGGCUUCGCCUUGGGACUCGUUAAGAGUAACAGUGUGGUGGCGCGCGCCAGUAUGUGGCAGCAAUUGCAGCAGAAGGCCAAAGGAACACCAAAACCACUCUUACGGCACAGCCGAUCAAAGUUAAAAGACGAUGUGCCAGUAAUGGAGCGCUUCAAGGCACAGAGUAUCGACUUGCAAUCACCACCGCUGUCGGACUCGCCUCAAGAUAACAGUUCUCUAGCGCAGGCAAAAACCACCGCAAACGUUCUAGAUAGAGACGAAGACGCUACAUUAGAAGACGACGAUCCGGCAAAAAUGUCGCUAAGGGAGAAAAUGGCGAUGUUCAAUUCCAAACUUACGCACAAACCUCCCUUAGCCGGCCUAAGGACUAAGGAAGAGAGGGUGCCCCGGGCAUCCAGACUGCGCACCAUGCCUGUCUUGGCCAGUCAGGUCCAAGAAGCGAUGGAGCAAAACGAAAGGCUAACUAAAUCGCUAACCCACGAAGACGUCCCGAGGAACCCCGAUUUCCAAUUGAAGAUGGAGUUGUUCCGUUCGGCGAGCGCUAAAAACACGUCUUUAGAAUAUCUGAUGAAGCAAAACUCGAAGUUUAGAAGUUUAGAUGUCGACGACGACUCGCCAUCGGCGCGUGCGCAGCGAAUGAUAACACCUGAAGUUAGAGGUAUCUUAAAGUCUGGAUGCACUGUGGUACCUGUCAAACCCAAUACACUGGCGAAAGGUGAAAGUUCUGAGGGUCUGAAAGACGAAGGAAUAGAUAGUUCGUCAGACGAUGAAUCGUCCGCCUCCACCGUCUCGUCUUCAGAGAAAAGCUGCUCAUCAUCAGACAGCUCAGAAGACAUACCCGGGCCGAAAUUCAAGCGCUUCCAGAGAAAAAGCAACAAGCUAAGAUCCUCCAGAACCGAAUCAGAUCUUACAAAUUAUCAAGAUCAGAGGAAAAUUCAAUUACCAGGAGCUAAUGAAUUUAAGGAGCGUUUAACGCAAGCCAAAAAUGCCAAUGUCAAAAUUCCGUUAUUAGGGAAACUGGGGAGAAAGCCUUCGGAAGUAAAACCAGAGGAAAAUAUAAAGGCAUCCGUCAAGAAGCCAAGCGAACCUUUACAGUUAGGAAAAUUAAGGAGGCCGAUGGAAAAAACAGCUUCCAUCGAUGAAAAGCCGCCGGUCCUAAAAAUAACCGCGCUCAACCAAGACGCGAAGAAUAAGUUUUUCGGCUUGGAGGCCGAGACUAAAGAGAGAAAUGUCGACGAAUUGGCGGCGAAAGUCAGGAAAUACAUUGCACCGGUAAGCAAGUCUGUAUCGACGCACGCUAUGGAAGGUGCAUCUGGCAGCGAUGGUGAAAGCAGUGGUGGCAGAGAAGUUAGGCAGAUCAACACUCGUUCGAGGCACAGGAACUGGUUCUGGUUUAAAGUAAAAGUCCAAUAUCAACAUGCAAUAAGUAACGCAGAGGUCCACAUACGUGCCAUUGAUUUUUGA